AUGUAUAGCAUGUCUCUACUCCAAUGGAAGAACUACAAUGUGGUCAUGUGCAAGUUUUUUCCAGCUAGCCUGGAAGGCGAGGCGAAGAACUGGUUCUACACCUUGCCCGAUGAGUCCAUAGAAAGUUAUGGAUCCCUAGUGGAAACAUUUCUUGAAACUUAUAUGCACAACAUCAUUUCUCGGCCCAGGGUAAAUAAACUAUUCACACUGGCGAGAAGGUUCAGGGAACCCCUAAGAUCUCUGAAGGACAUGUGGAGGAAACUGUGUACUGAUAUUGGGAAAGUACCUGUCGAUCAACAAAUUUUUGGUUUUGAAAAUUCAUUGGAAAAGUCCGACCCCAUCUGGAUAGAAAUGUACACUGAGAAUCCACAAACGUUAAGGGAAAUGAGGAAGAUGCAGGAACAUUACAUCGCAUUACAAGAAAUACAAGAGGGGGCGCAGGAUAGAGGAGUGCAAGAAGCUAGUGCCGCGGUGGAGGUUAUUCCUCAAGGAGACUCAAAACGGUCGGAAAAAAAGCCAAUGGCACCACAGCAAGGUUCGGGAAAGAAGGAAUGGGUCGAGAAGGGAAAUAAGACUCGUCAUGAGCCAAGAACUUACACGCCUCUAAAAGCACCAUUGGAGGAAAUAUUUAAGGAAGUAGAAAAGAGAAACGACAUCAGAUACCCAAAGACUAGAGGAAUCCAGCUUGAUGAGACAAGAAACCAUCCUGAGUUCUGCCAUUACCAUCAAUAUUGA